AAAGUACCUCAAAUGAUACGGUUUAUAGACGCGUUGCCCGAUUUAACGUCGAUUGUGUAGUGUAGUACUGACGACUAGUGCUACCUACCACCACUGCUGCUACUGUUACUGUUUUUCUAUAAUCAUAACAACAAACCCCAAGAAAACGAAUAACAAAAACAAAACAAAUAUUCUCGGAUGUAGAAAAAAAGGAAGCAAAAAAAAUAGUAAAAGAAAAAAGGCAACAACCCGAAAGUGCUGCUAACUACUACACUGCAAGUGAAAAGUGUAUGCAAAGGCGAAAAAACCCGAAAAGUGUAAAACAAGUGUUGUAGAAUGUAAAGAAGAAGAAGAAGAAGAGGAAAACAAAAUGGAAAAGAAAAGCAUACAUUUUUACCAAACAAAAUAAGUUUAGAAAAGGUAUAUACCAAUAAAAAGCUGCCUGCAAGUGAAAUCAAAAUUGAAAAUAAUCUUCAAGCCUAUUGCAAAGGCUUACAUUAUUUUUUUUAGAAAAAAAAAAUGGCAAAAACUGAAAAUACUUUGUGAAACAAAUCAAAACAUCAAUAACAACAUAUAAAUACACAUAAAAACUAUAUGUUUGUUAAAAAAAUUUAAAAACAAUAUAAAAAAAAACCCAAAAACAAAUUGUUCAUAUAAGUUUGUGCAAACUUCUAUACAUUUGUUUUCAUUAUUUACCCAACAACAAACAAAAAUUAUAAAAAAAUAAAAAAAAACCCCACAUCUAAAACAACAUCUAACAUCAAAUUUUUCUGCAAUCAAUGGAUAUUAUUUCUACAUUAAGAACCAGCAUAUUUAUAAUAUCAUUUUUAUUAAGUUUUAUACAACGUACAUCAUAAAGAACACAACUAAAUUAAUCAAACAUAAUUUCGUCAUAAUUUAUCGAAUUAAAAAAAAAAAAAAAACGUUAAGACAAACUAUAUCACCUAAAGCUGAAGCCCCUUCAAAUAAAAACAACAGUAACAUCAUCCUCAUCAUCAACUACCACAAAAAGUAUUAUUAUUAGUAUAUGUGUAUAUGUAACUAAUCUACCAAUAUCACCACAGCUCCUGGGGGAUUUUCACAAAAGCCAUUGUUCAACAUCUAGUGACCGUUGUUUGUCAUGCUAAUAAAACGAUAAAUCGAACAAAACUAAUUCCCCAUACAUAGACAAAGUCGAAGUUAUCGCUCUCAAUCUCUCUCCCCUUGGCUCCAAACCGAAUGACACACACACACACACACAUAUACAUAGUACCACAAAAAUAGAUAUAUAAUAAAAGGAUAUAUAGACAAUAGUAAGGCAUUAUAUACUCAACUCAGUAGAUGCUUCGGAUAAUACUUCAGGCAACAGAAGCAGGUUUUUUAGGACAACGUGACAACAGCAACAGAAAUCAGAGGAUAUAACAUAACAUAAAAUCAACAUAUACCUACAUACUUUAUAUACAAAAUUAUAACAAACCAACAAAUAUAUAUAUAUAUUGAUAAGGAUAAGGCAUAAGGAUAAAAAGGACCUCUCAGUUUGUAUGGCUAACUCUCCUACUUGGGCAAAUGAUCGACAACAGGAAACCCAUACUCAAAUGGUGGUUGUUACUACAGAGAUCCUCAAAGAAUCAGGUCUCUCUUGGUCUUAAUUAACCUUCUGGAUCAAAGGAUAAAUUCCCUCCUUCUGUGGAUAGUUUUUUUUUUUUUUUUUUUUGUAAUAUUAAGGCAGUUUAAGGAUAUGCAACUUUGAAGGCUGAUAAAAUAUUUUGAAUAAAAUUUGAAAUACAAAUCUAAGAAAAUCUUAAAGUUUUAAAGGCAAAUGCAAACCCCUUGAAGAACAAGUACGAGAGGGAGUGAGUGUGUCAUAGAGAGAACACAGUAGAGGGCAAGCAGCUGGCAAUGGAAAUUCAAAAUACCAAACUUUAAUGAAUAUAAUUAUUAUAUAUAAAGCUUUAUAUAUACAAACAAACAUACAUCACCAGAAAACCAGAAGCAGAUUUAAUCAAGCGGUAGUUAAAAAACUCCCAGAGAAGAGACUGAUUUUUUUAUAAGGCUAAGUUUAGGAGAAACCACUCAACCAAUCAACCAACCAACAAAUUUGUAGCUUUUAAGCAGCUUAAUGAAACAUCAAAAGAAGUUUUCAAGAUUUCAAUACCAAACCACAAACUAAGAAAGAGGGAGCUAGUUGCAACAGAAAAUCGAAUCAUUGGAGUUCCAGUUACCAUCCAUUAUUCAAACAAGUUUCGUUAAAAAUUUACACUCACACCCAAAAAAAGGACAACAAGAUAUAUAAAAAACAAACAACAACAAAAUAAGUGAUUUGGAUUUAAUCCACUAACAAAAAACAAAAAGUUACAAAAUAGUUUUGGAUCUUAUAUACAAACACAUCGUACAUACAUUACAUACCUAAAAAGCUUUUUCUAAAAAAGAGAAACUCUUAAGCCUCAGAAGAAAACAGAAAAAAAAAAACAAAACAACUACAAAAUGUUAAAAAAAUUGAGAUGCCUAGAAGCGGCGGCCAAUUUGGCCAGAGAGGCCAAUGGCAUUGGCGGCAGCCAGGCCAGCAAUACCGCCAGCACCACCACCAAUGUCAAAAUAAUCAAAACCGAGCCUUUGGACUUUGAAAUGUUACAUCUCGAAGAGAAGGAUCUAAGGGAAAGGCAAUUGACCAGGGAUAGGGACUCAAAUGGCCCCUCCUCACAUCUAUCCUCAGCUGCCACUCAACCACCAGCGUCAGCGCCAGCACCGCAGCGUUAUCAACAUGUUCAAGUACAAACUGUACCUCCCCGCCAGGGGAUCACCAAUAAUGGCAACUCGCAGAAGGUUAUAUUGACACCAAGAGUGGAAUAUGUCCAAAUACCUGUGAACAGCGCCAACUCAGAAAGAAAUGCAGCCACAGUGGGGGCACAACAACAAAUCAUUAUUACCCGCACCCUGCCCUCGGCCACAACAGUCUCUUCCAGUGGUGGUUCAGGCUUAAGUCAGUCCUCAUCGUCUUCACAGACCACUUCACAUCCCCAUAUAUCACGGCGCCACUCAGCCAGUCCUUCGCAAUAUCAUCGGGUCUCAUUGGCUGUUGCCCAUAGCCAAAAUAGCCAUUCUGCGCCUUCAUCACCACCGCCUUUACAUCACCAGCAACAAUCAUCGAGUUCAGGUUCCAGUGCGGCAGCAUCACAACAGCAUCAGCAACAUUCAUCUCAGCAGCCACAACAGCAUGUGCGUGUCAUACGUGAUGGUCGCCUCUACGAGGAGACCAUUGCUUUAAGAAGGCAAUCGGUUUCACCGCCGCCGCUACAACAUUAUUCGCGUUCCGCGCCGGUUUCACCAGCCAACGGCGGGGCUGUCGGUCUAGUGAGACGCUAUACGCCACAAUCGCCACCGCCCCCAAACAUACCGCCGCCGCCCUCAUCCUCACAAACAGCGGCAGCUUCAUCAACCUCAAGCUGUUCAGCAACUGCCUCUGCAGCCUCUUCUUCAUCAUCGUCGUCUUCAGGGAAUGCAGGCAAUACUGCAACAGUUUCCAGCAGUAGCGGUCACCAUUUAUCAAAUUCUACGUCUUCUUCUUCCUCCUCUUCUUCCUCCAACAACAACACCUGUUCAUCGUCACCAUUGAAUAACAACAACAACAACAACAACAACACUGCCAUGCGUCCACCACCACCACCUCCUCCACCUAAAAUUAAACAUACCUCCACCUCAGCCAUGGGUCUAGGUGCUUCCUCCCAUCACAGUGUCGUAAUGAGCGGACCAAAUGGUAACUGUGGCAUGGCGGUAUCGAUGGGUUCAAAUACUGCAUCAGGUACUUGCGCGCCUUCGUCGUCAUCAGCAUCAGCAUCAUCCUCAUCUUUAUCUUCCUCACAAUCCUCAUCAUCAACGUCAGCGUCAUCAAUGAGUCUUAAUGGAAAUUGUGAAGAACCUUCGAGCUCAAUACCAGAUUUAGAAUUUGAUGGUACCACUGUGCUAUGCCGUGUCUGCGGUGAUAAGGCUUCCGGCUUUCAUUAUGGGGUUCACUCCUGUGAAGGUUGCAAGGGCUUUUUCCGUCGCUCUAUACAACAAAAGAUACAAUAUCGCCCCUGUACAAAAAAUCAACAAUGCAGCAUAUUGCGCAUUAACCGCAAUCGUUGCCAAUAUUGUCGCCUGAAAAAAUGCAUUGCCGUCGGCAUGAGUCGUGAUGCGGUGCGAUUUGGUCGCGUGCCAAAACGUGAAAAGGCUCGCAUAUUGGCCGCCAUGCAACAAUCCACCCAAAAUCGUGGCCAACAGAGAGCUUUAGCCUCAGAGUUGGAUGAUCAGCCGCGUUUACUAUCAGCAGUGCUAAGAGCCCAUUUGGAUACAUGCGAGUUCACCAAAGAAAAGGUUGCUGCCAUGCGUCAGAGGGCUCGUGAAUGUCCUUCCUAUUCAAUGCCCACCUUAUUGGCUUGUCCCCUCAAUCCCGCCCCAGAACUACAAUCCGAGCAGGAAUUCUCACAACGCUUCGCCCAUGUUAUACGUGGUGUCAUUGAUUUUGCUGGUAUGAUUCCCGGUUUCCAGUUACUGUCACAAGACGACAAAUUCACCCUGCUAAAGGCUGGCCUCUUCGAUGCUCUAUUCGUGCGUUUGAUUUGCAUGUUUGACAAUUCCAUCAACAGCAUUAUCUGCCUCAAUGGCCAGGUGAUGCGUCGCGAUGCUAUACAAAAUGGUGCUAAUGCCCGUUUCCUGGUCGAUUCCACAUUCAAUUUUGCCGAACGCAUGAAUUCCAUGAAUUUAACCGAUGCCGAGAUUGGCCUCUUCUGCGCCAUCGUUCUCAUCACCCCGGAUCGGCCGGGUUUGCGCAACAUAGAGCUGAUUGAGCGCAUGUACAAUCGCCUCAAGGGCUGCCUGCAGACCAUCAUCAAUCAAAAUCGUCCAGAUCAGCCGGAGUUUAUGAGCAAAUUGUUGGAGACCAUGCCCGAUUUACGUACUCUGAGCACUUUGCACACCGAAAAGUUGGUGGUGUUCCGCACCGAACACAAAGAGCUGUUGCGCCAGCAAAUGUGGUCCAUGGAUGAUGAUCAACAGAUUUUGUCCAAGAGUCCCAAUGGCUGGGAUGAUCAUCGCAUGGAUGUGGAGGCCAAGAGUCCAUUGGGCUCAGUGUCCAGCACUGAGUCGGGCGAUUUGGAAUAUCAGAUUGCCAGCACCACCACCGCCUCGCAUCAGACGCACAGCCAUCAUGGCAGCCAGCAAACCUCCUCGUUGGCUUCCUCUGCUCCAUUAUUGGCGGCCACGCUGUCGGGCUCCUGCCCGUUGCGCAAUCGUGCCAAUUCUGGCUCCUCGGGUGACUCCACCAACGAAUUGGACAUUGUAGGCUCGCAUGCGCAUUUGACCCAAAACGGCUUGACAAUCACACCAAUUGUAAGGGCGCACUCCCACCAACAACUGCAUCAUCAUCUGACGACUGGCACCACCCAGCAUCGUUAUCGCAAAUUGGAUUCACCCACCGACUCGGGCAUUGAAUCGGGCAAUGAGAAAAAUGAGUGCGGCAGCAAAACCGUAAGUUCGGGUGGCUCAUCGUCCUGUUCGAGUCCGCGCUCUAGCGUGGAUGAUGCUUUGGAUUGCAGCGAAAACAAUGGAGCAGCUUCUACCACACAGGUGACAGUGUCUGUAUCGCCAGUGCGCUCACCACAACCCUUGUCCGCAGCGGCCACCUCAACAUCAAAUGCUUUGUCAUCAUCGUCCUCCUCCUCCUCAUCGUCGUCUACAUUAGCGACGUCCUCGGCUUCGGCUUCGGCCUUGGCCACGGCCACUUUGAAGAGACAAAUUGUGGACGAUAUGCCGGUUUUGAAGCGGGUGCUGCAGGCUCCUCCUUUGUAUGACACUAACUCCUUGAUGGAUGAGGCCUAUAAGCCGCACAAGAAAUUCAGAGCUUUGCGCCAUCGCGAAUUCGAAGGUGCUGAGGCAGAUGCCACCAGUUCCACCAACAACAACAUUAGCACUGCUUCCUCAUCCUCCUCGUCAUCAUGCAUACCUGCCGCCGCCACAAGUCCUCAAUUGGUCAACAGUGCACAGAGCCCUCCACCAACAGCAGCAAUAGGCGCAGCAUCACCCCAGCAACAAAUCACCACAGCGGCUGCGGCCUCCUCCAACCAUGUGCUGAUUGCAGCGCAUUCACCGCAGCCAGCUGCAUUUGUAGCCUCACCACCAGCCAUUGCUCAACACCAAAGUCAACUGCACAUGCAUUUGACAAGGCCAACACCCACCAACUCGAACAGUGGCGUCAAUCUGCAACAGCAGCCCUCCUCCUUGUCCAGCACGCAUUCGGUAUUGGCCAAAUCCCUGAUGGCCGAGCCCAGAAUGACUCCGGAACAAAUGAAGCGUUCGGACAUCAUACAAAACUACAUCAUGCGGGAAACCUCGGCAUCCAAUAAUCUAAUGGCCUGCUCACCGCAUGGUCCGGGCAGUCGCAGUCCGGCACCGGGCCAUGGUCUGGGUCACAGCAGCAACAGCAGCAUGCAUGGACAUUAUCCGGCCAGCAGUAAUUCGCCCAAUUCCAUGAGUUCGCCAAAUUCCAACUGCAAUUCUCCGUCGACGACCACAGUGACAGGAAUGGCCUCACCACCCGCGGGGGGAGUGAGUGCAGGGCGUUGGGCCGGUCACUCAGUCAUCACCACCACGACGAUAAAUCAACGCCAACAGUCGGUGUCGCCCAGCAGCAAUGGCUCAUCAUCUUCCUCCACCUCAUCGUCGACCUCAUCUUCGUCGUCCUCGGGUUGCCCGUAUUUCCAGUCGCCGCACUCGACUUCGGCCUCAGUCUCACCGCCCAGGCCCUCACCGUCGGCCAUGAAUACACCGCCGCGUCUCUUAGAGCUGCAGGUGGACAUUGCCGAUUCGCAGCAGCCCCUCAACCUUUCCAAGAAAUCGCCCACACCGCCUCCCAGUAAAUUGCAGGCUUUGGUUGCAGCAGCCACAGCUGCUCAGCGUUAUCCCACAGUAUCGGCUGAUGUGACAGUGACAGCAACCAGUGGUAGCUCAGCGGCGGCUGUCAACUCUUCAACGCCGACCCCACCUCAAGUGCAAAAAGUCAUGUUGGAAGCGUAAGUGGGGAAGCCAACUCAGCAAAAGAGGGAGAGAGUAUGAGUAACACAGAGCGUGAUGAGAGCAAAAGACAAAGAAGAAGAAGAAGAACAAAAUAAUCUAAGGUGUAAUCUUUAGUUGGAACAGUAUUUGUGUUUGUCACCGAUGACUUCUUUCUUUUUUGGCCCCCCACACAUACACACACAACUUUUGCUUUGUCAGCCAGCCAAACAGUAAGCCAGCCAACUGGGCUCUUGUUAGAAAGCUCUUCUUAGAAAGCUUAAUUGAUAUGUUGAAGAACUUUUCUUUUGGUAAAGUUGUAAUAAUAAUAUUUUUUUUUUUUGUAAAAAACCUAUUUCAAAAACAACUACAACAACAAAACACAAUUCAAAAUGUUCGAGACUGAUACAAAAAUAAAUCUUUGAAAACCCCCCAAGCAAAAAAUACAAAAAGUUGUAAGCAACAAACUUAGAGUUAACACAAAGUGAGAGGUCAGGCCCAUAUGAGACAGUGAUU